GCCAGUUUGUUUUUCAUGGUUUGGGCAAAAAUCUCUUUCUUUCCAGGAGUAACAUCCGAUCAGGUUUAAUGUACCCUUAAUUACCUUGAUAUGUGCAUAUUAAAUAUUAUAUUUUUGUGAUAAACAACAUUAGACUUUUCUCUUUUUAAGUGCUGAUUAUGUAGGGCCAAAGGUUACUUUUAGGCUCAAAUCCGACUUUUCUAUUUAUGAUAAGAGCGCGAUCGGAGAAAUAUCGAUUUCAAUAAUAUUUCUUUGAUUUAUAUCGCAUUAAUAGUACGAAACAUUAUUUUGUAAGUGUUUAAUAUGUUCCGAAUAAGUACCACUGUGAUAACAGUUCUCGUAGCCGACCUCCUUGCUUCCUCCGGAGACAUAACCUCAACAUGGACCUCGCCGAUGUACCCCAAACUCUACUCCAACGACACCACCGUGAAUCCCUUGGGACGACCCAUAACCGAAGACGAAGACUCCUGGAUGGGAAGUCUGAUCAAUAUCGGGGCCAUCUUGGGGGCCCUCCCGGCCGGCCUCGUUGCCGACCGAUAUGGCCGAAAAAAGACUUUGAUAGCAGUGGCGGUGCCCCAUAUAACGGCAUAUCUGAUCUACGCCUUCGCCACCAACGUUUACAUGUUCUACGCGGGGCGGCUCGUCAACGGGGUUUCCGUGGGGGUGGGUUACGCCAUUCUGCCCAUGUACAUCGCGGAAGUGUCCGAGGAUUCUCAACGGUCCACCCUGUCUUCCACGUUGAAUAUUUUUUGGUCGGUGGGGAAUUUCGUGCCUUACGCCGUCGGGCCUUAUUUGUCCGUCAGGUGGUUCAAUUUGGUUUUGAUCGUGUUCCCGGUGAGUUUCAUGGUGCUUUUUAUGUUUCUCGGGUAUGAAACGCCUCACUUUUUAGUACACAAGGGGCGAGAAGUGGAGGCCGUCGCGGUACUAACGAAACUUAGAAAGAUAAGCGUAGGCUCGUCUAAAAAGGAAGUUAAAGCGUUACAAGUGGCUUUUAGCGAGCACCAAGAUGGCCAAUGGUCAGAUAUAGUUCGUGAUAAAACCCUUAGGAAGGCCCUCAUUAUUUCGGUAUCUCUGGUGGUUUUACAGCAGUUCUCCGGGAUCAACGCGGUCCUUUACUACUUACAGCCGAUUUUUGAAGCUUCUGGUACCCAGCUAUCAGUUCCGAUGUGCUCGAACAUAUUCGGUUUUUGUUUGUUGCUCUUCAGUUUCUUUACUGCGCUUAUUGUGAAGCAUACGGGGGUCAAAUGGCUUAUGGGAGUAUCGGCGUUUGGUUCUGGACUAUCCUUGAGUCUGCUCGGCGCAUUUUUCUAUAUUAAAGAUUGCACCAAUAUGGGCACCGAAAGCAUUUUCUGGCUCCCCAUAGCCGGUUUAAUUGGCUACAUAUUCUUUUAUGUUAUCGGUUUUGGGUCGUUGCCAUGGACCAUCAGUUCCGAACUAUUUCCUAAUAGUGUCAAGGCGAUUUCUGCCGCAGCAGUUGCGGCCUCUUGCUAUUUGUCCGCAUUUAUUGUUACGAAGUUUUUUAAUUAUUUGAAUGGUUCCGUGCAUAGGGCCGGUACUUUUUGGUUGUUCUCUGGGUUAUCGUGGGUGGCACUGCUUGUUACUGUUGUCUGGGUCCCAGAGACCAAAGGCAAGAGUUUCCAGGAAAUACAGGAUAUGUUAAAGAAGUGACAGAGUUUUUAUUAUAGUAUGCUUUACUGUGCAUUACUAAAAUGGCUGUGAAUUGUAUUAUAUUUUUGUUCAUAGAAUGGCAAUUUUUAUUUUGUAAUAAACUUUGCUAUUAAUAAAGUGA